CACACUUCUUGGAAUAUUUUACACUUGCUCUAAUUUAAAAUCUUGAAAUAAGCUACAGCUGACUUGCUACCUCUCUGUCCCCAACUACCCCGUGUUUUGAUAUUAAUUCCCCCUUUAUUUACAUUUGCGUAUUUUCUACCUGAAAAUUUCUUUUGUGUUUGUAUGAUUUCCCUCAUUCCUAGCUAUUGAGCUUCAUCUCCAUUAACAUUCAACCUGUCCAUUAAUUAGAUUCCAAAAUGUUACCUACCACAAUUGAGUUGUCGUCACAGCCAAUGGUGGGCAUUGAGGAAGAGGAACAAGUGCUGAUGGACAAAAUUCUUGGCGGAACAGAUCAGCUGAGCGUUGUCGCGAUUGUUGGCGUACCCGGACUUGGUAAGACAACUCUAGCCAAAAAGUUAUAUACCCAUGAAAAUAUAGUCAAUCGCUUUGAUGUUCGUUCAUGGUGUUGUGUCUCUCAAAUCUAUGACAAGAAAAGAUUAUUGCUUGAAUUAUUGGGCUAUGAAUUUGGACGCCAUGUUGAAAUCGAGAGGAGUGAAGAUGAAUUAAUCUUACAAGUACAAAGGUGUCUAGAGAAAAAGAGAUAUUUAGUAGUCAUAGAUGAUGUAUGGAGCACUGCUAUAUGGGAUGACUUAGUCAGUUGUUUCCCAGAUAACAACAAAAAGAGUAGAAUUAUUAUAACUACUAGGCUUGAUCACCAACUGCUUUCUUCUUCUGUAAAAAUGUUUUGCUAUACUCAUCAUCUUUCGUUCCUCGCGAAAGAUAAAAGUUGGUUGUUAUUACAGAAGACAGUGUUUAAGGAAGAAUUUGGCUGCCAUCAAGAACUUGAGGAAAUAGGGAAGAAGAUAGCAAAAAGUUGUGCAGGACUGCCUCUUGCAGUUAUUUUGAUAGGUAAUCUUCUUGCAAGAUUGGACAAGAAAAGAGGCUAUUGGACUAAAGUUGCUAAAAGGUUAAUUGCUAGUGCAAAAGUGGCUGGUGAGGGAGAGUGGUACAUGGACAUAAUAGAGUUAAAUUACAAGAAUUUACCACAUUAUUUAAAACCAUGCUUUCUUUACUUUGGUUUGUUUCUUGAAGAUGAGGAAGUUUCAGUUAAGAAGUUGAUACGGAUGUGGGUUGCUGAAGGUUUUGUGCAAAGUAAUGGGGUGAAGAUCGCAGAGUUUGUCGCGAUGGACUAUUUGAUUGAUUUAAUUGCAAGCAAUCUUGUUAUGGUUGCGCAAAGAUUUCCCCUUGGUGGCAUAAAAUCUGUUCGUCUUCACGAUUUGGUACUAGAUUUUUGUUUGAGUAAAGCUAAAGAAGAGAACUUUUUGUUGAAAGUUGAUAGAUCUCUUGCUCUUGAUCCUGCUACUUCGAGUUCAGCUAGUGAUUUACAAAGGUUCUUCGUUUGCUGUAAAAUGCAGCACUUCAUCAAGUGGCUUCAUCCGACCCAACACAUCCAUACUUUUAGGUUAUAUCCCCACAGUAAUGAAAUGAACAAAUUCAUACCAAGUGGAGCAUUUAGUUCAGACUUGUUCAAAUCAUCACUUACAGUACUGGACUUGGAGAACGUUGUGAUCGAGGCUUCAGCUCUCGAGGACAUAACAUCCUUGAUUCGUUUAAGGUACUUGGCAGUUUUUGGAAAUUUUAGUGAAAUUCCACCAGCCAUAUUGAACCUUAUAAACCUGGAAACUUUAGCCGCGAGACCAAAAAGUGGUACCUUAACUCUUCCGGGGUCUAUGUGGGACAUGAUAAACUUAAAGCAUGUCGAUAUAAGUGAAGGGGAAGUUCAUUUCAACGGUGUUGGGGCAGAAAAAGAAGAUGUUAUUGAGUUAGAGAAAUUAGAGAGCUUUUCAAAAGUAGUUUUAGUAAAUGAGGAUGAUAUAAGUGAAAUGUGCAACAGAGCACCAAACUUAGUCCAACUUGAACUUAUGACUAUGGAGCAUUGGGGCUCGUUGUUCAGCUCUCUCAUGUAUCUAAUAUAUCUUGAAACACUAGCUAUCUAUCACCGUAGCGAAUUUCCAAUGAGUGGAAUUAGCAUGAUCUUCCCUCAAAGCCUAAAAGAGUUAACUUUAUCUUGUUGUGGCUUCUCUUGGGAUGAAAUUUCAAGAAUUGGUUCAUUACCAAAUCUUGAGGUGCUAAACCUACUUCUUUCUGCCUUCACUGGGAGAAAAUGGACAGUUGGUGUUGGAGGUUUCGUUAAUGUAAGGUUCUUGAAGAUCGAACAUAGUUCGAUCAAACAUUGGAACAUGUCAGUGGAUUCAUUUCCCAGUCUCGAGCAAUUGGUGUUGCGUUGGUGCGAUAAACUUGAGGAGAUACCUUCGAGUUUUGGGAGCAUGCCUUCACUGCAGAGGAUUGAGGCGCACUCUUGUUGCCCCUCUGCCGCAAAAUCUGCCGUGAAAAGUAGGAACAUGCAGAAGGAUGACAUGAAAAAUUCAGACUUCAAACUCAUUAUCUACUUAAAUUAGGGUGAUGUGAUUUUCUUCUAUAUUUUCAUCUUUUUAUGUGUUUAUUCUUUCACUUGCUAUUUUGCUUACAGAUUUAAUGGUGUCAUAUGAGUUUGAAUUCUUGGAUUACUUUUUGCUUGAUAUGAUUUUAAAUGCUAAUGAUUUGUCCUUUUAC